ACUACAAGAACAAAAACUUCUAGUGCAGAGCAAUCUGAUAUAUGCAACAAUGGCAAUGAAGGUGGAGAUCAUCUCUAGGGCAACCAUAAAGCCAGCCUCCCCAACUCCUGAUCAUCUUAGAAACUUCAAAAUUUGCCUCUUAGAUGAGUUGGCUCCUCCAUCUUAUGUUCCAAUUCUUCUUUUCUAUUCUUCUGCUGAUUUUGACACGAUAUAUGAUUGCAAAGCUAUGUCAGACAAGUUGAAGAAGUCUUUGUCUGAAACUCUUGUUCGCUUCUAUCCAUUAUGUGGAAAACUGAAAGGAAAUCUUUUCGUCGAAUGUAAUGAUGAAGGUGCUCUCUUUGUGGAGACUAAAGUCAAUAUUGCAGCAGAGAUUGCCAAGAACCCAGAAACUGAGAUGCUGUAUAAGCUUUUCCCAUUUGAUCCCUACAAAGUGAGGCCUGAUGGUGAGAAAGCCGACGGGGAAGCAGUGAUCACAGGUGUUCAACUUAAUGUUUUCGAGUGUGGUAGUGUCGGGAUCGGUGUGUGUGUUUCUCACAAGGUUGCAGACGGCGCAACCAUGGCCUCCUUCCUCAAUGCUUGGUCUGCAACUGCAAGUGGCAGUGAUGAAAAGCUUGCACCCAAUCUGGAUUCAGCUGUGCUCUUUCCACCUAAAGGCAUAGAUAUAAUCAAGCAAAGUGACAUUAUUAGAAAUGAGAAAAUUGUAACAAGGAGAUUUGAAUUUGAUGGGAAGAAUUUGGCUAAUCUAAAAGCAAAAAUUGUUAACGGCAAUCCUACUCGUGUGGAAGUUGUAACAGCUCUUAUCUGGAAAUCUGCAAUGGAAACAGCUAGAAUAAACUCAGGGAAAGAUAUGCUUCCAGCAUCUAUUGCCACCCACUUGGUGAACAUUCGGGAACGAACAAAUCCACCAUUGCCAAGGCAUGCUCUAGGUAAUCUUUGGCGACUUUCGCUAGCACCAUAUCUAGAUGUAAAGAAACAGGUAGAGUUACAAGAGUUGGUCAGUCUUCUUCGAAAAUCAAUUCGAAGGAUUGACAGUGAUUAUGUCAGUAAACUUCAAGGAGUCAACGGGUUGGCCAAGGCCAUAGAACCUCUCCAAGAACUAAGACAACUGGCCUCGGGAGGAGGAGUUGAGGUCUACACUUUUAGCAGUUGGGCAAGAUUUCCACUAUAUGAGAUUAAUUUUGGAUGGGGAAAGCCAGCAAGAGUUUGCACAAUAACUGUGCCUGUUAGGAACUGUGUUAUUUUGAUGGGCACAAAAUCCGGUGAUGGGAUAGAGGCAUGGGUGACCUUGACUGAAAAAGACAUGGAAAAAUUUGAGCGUAGUCAAGAACUUCUUCAGUUCAUUUCAACGAGUGCCUGAUGCUGUCGUGAAAUUGAUAUGCUAGUAGUCUACGUUCUGCCUUUGGUUAUCAAUUGUGAGUGCUCUAUUUACGGUUUCUGUAAUCUUGUUUUUUUCUUCUGCAUAAUUCAUAACAUUGUAUUUUCUUCCAGUUUUCUAAUAUAAGAUUGUCAUCAUGUUCUUCCAA